GUCAAAAUGUUUGUUGACAUUUUCUAGAAGCAAGCGGAGCAAGCAAGUUUCGCAAUUUCGUGUAAAAUCGUGAAUUUCGUGUAUUUUCAAUGUGAAUAACCGUGAUUUAGUUUCGUGCAGCUUAAAAACAGCUUAAACUCAAGCUUUUCACUACCUUCUCCGCCAUGGCCUCCGACAGCGAGCCGGAAUCGCCGCCAGAAUUUUCCGCCAGCGAAGACGAGUGGAACCCGGACCAGGAGGAGAAGAAAAUAACCGGUUUCAAAGCCGCAGCACCGCCGGCCAAGCGAAAAAAGCAACAAGUUAGGCAGCUUCCAACGCGUUCAUCCCGCCGAAUUGCCACCAAGUUGGGGAAGGAGCUGCCCAAGGAGGAGGAGGAGGAGGCGAUUGUGGAAGCUGUGCCGGAACUGCCACCUGAAGAGGAUGACGCGGUGUCGACGGAUGGGGAGGAGGUCGUUUCGAAGAAGAGGAAGCAACCGGUGGCGAAGGGUAGGAAGGGACGCAAGCCGAAGCAGGUGGUGGCGACGGUGGCCAAGGAGGAUUCGAUCAAGCUGACGACGUUUACGGUGGAGGAGUUGUAUCGGAAGUAUCGGCCGGAUUUGGCGGAACCUGCGAAGCAGGAGAAGGUAAAGGUGGUUAAGAGGAAGGUGAGGGAGGAGGACGAUCAGGAUGACGAUGAUGAGAGCAGCGGGGACGAUUAUUUGGUCGAUCCGGAUGAGCUGGAUUUGAAUUCGGAAUUUUUCAAUUCCGUUACUUCAAAGGAGGAUGGAAAGGGACGGGGAGAGGUCAAGUUUGAUUGCAAUGCCGGGGUGAGUGUGGCCGAGUCGGAGGAUGAUGAUGCGGAGGAUAAGCCGCUGAGUUCGGUCAAAAAUGCCGAAGUGGACUCGACGGAGUUCAACAAGAAGCUGAUUCAGCAGAUUAACCAGUCUAGCCAGGAUUGCAUGACGAUGGUCAAGUUGGUUGAGGUUUCCAAGCGGAUCGAGCGAGAACGUGAAGAGAUGGACCUGCUACGGAGGAAGCGCGAGCAGAAGGAGGUCAAGAAGGGAGAGGAGGACGUUUCGAACUUGCUGUUGGCGGGGGAGAAAGUUAAGGGGAAGGUCGUGAAGCAUUCCGGAAGGAGCGACUUUGUUGCGGUUGAUGGAGGUAAGAAAGAUAAGGACCGGGAAAAGACGGUUGAGAUUACGUUGAAGUUUGAAUCUGCGGAGCAGAAUGGGAGGUCGGGCAAGAAAAAGAUGGACCUGCUGACCGCGAUUAAGCGGAUGAUGAAUCGCGAGAAGCGACAGAACCAAAUCUACCUGCACAAAGUGUCCGUUCUUUGCUGGAUUGGCCAUGGGACGUUCCUCAAUCGAACGCUAAGCAACGCCAACCUUAUCAAAGCGAUCAACAAACGUCUACUGCCCUCUACGACCAACUGCCGGCCAAAAGGCCUCACCAAUCUGCACUAUUUCGAACAGGUCACGCGUUACUUCCGCAAGGCCGUACGCCUCAAGAACCACGUCAUGUACUUCCACCCACCAAACAGCGCCAAACUGCCACCCCUCUUCGCCACCCUCAAGUAUCAGAUCCUUCAGCGAUCGGCCUUCUCCAAGCGCGACUACAUUCUCCUUUACCUGUUGAUGCUCCGCUCGCUUUCGAUUCACUGCCGACUCAUAAUCUCCCUUCCGGUUCCCCCAAAGCACGUCCCAACCAGCGACCUCUACCGCAUGAAUCCACAAACGCGCGAAGAACUCGAAGCCGACCGGCGUCUCCUGCUAGACUUCCAACGCGCCCACCUCGCCCCCAAAGGAAGCACAAUCCGCAAAGUCAAAACCCAGCUGACCGCCAUGGUCGACAAAACCGUCGAAGCUCGGCGCAAAGAAGCCGCCCGAAAACGUCGCCGCGAAGGCUUCUGCGCCACCAUCCCCCAGCUGGACGGCGGCCACGACCACCUGCCGGAACCGAAACCGCGCAAGCAGCUGAAGCUGAUGGAGAGUUCCUUCCUCGAGAUCGAGCAGAACAUCGCGCGAAAGUUGCAAGGCAAGACGAAACCAGCGAAAAAACCGUCAACCGACAAAGACCAAAUUCCCUUCCCGGACGAACUCGACGAGCAGGUGAGGGCGCGCCGCGAGAAGAUCCUGGCCGCGUACAAGGCCUCCAAGGAGCAGAAGGCGGCGGCGGCUGCGGCCGCCAAGGCAGCGCAGGAAGAAUACUGCGGAGAAGGGUGCAGCUCGUCGUCGUCGCCGAGAAGGGGGCGUCGUCCCGGCAAGCGGAACGUUACGCGCUCCGGGAUUGACCUCUGGGUUGAGGUGUACUGCGAGCACGAGGACAAGUGGGUCACGGUUGAUGUCAUAUCCGGAAUGGUGCACUGCCUGGAGCAUACCGUGAACCAAGCCAGCCACCCGAUCUCGUACGUCCUAGCAUGGAACAACGACGGCUCCAUCAAGGACGUGUCCCCACGCUACAUUUCCCGCCUCGGCACCAAAAAGAGCAAACUUCGCGUCGAAGACAGUUGGCUCGAGCAGGCGCUAGUCGGUCGUAACGGCCGUCGCCGUCACCCAUCCCGCCGCGACCGCACCGAAGAUCUCAAGUUUGACAAGCUGCUCAACAAGCGACCCUUCCCGGAACAGAUCGCCGAGUUCAAAAACCAUCCCCGCUUCGCGAUCCAACGCCACCUGCUCAAAAACGAAGCAAUCUACCCGCGGGACGCCGUCGUCCUCGGCCACUUCAAGGGCGAACCGAUUUACCCCCGCGACUGCGUACACCUCCUGUUUUCCCGUGAAGGUUGGCUGCGGCAAGCCAAAACCGUCCGCAUGUUCGAGGAACCGUACAAAGUGGUCACGCGCAAGGCGAAAUACGAUCGCGUCACCGGCACCACCGUCACCGGACUCAACACGGAGCUGUUUGGCGAAUGGCAAGUCCAGGACUACGAACCUCCAACCGCACAGAACGGCCAAGUUCCUCGGUCCGCGUACGGCAACGUCGAACUCUUUAAGCCGUGCAUGCUGCCGAAAGGGACGGUCCACCUCCAACUGCCCGGACUCAACAAAAUUUGCAAACGACUCCGCGUGGAUUGUGCGCCGGCCAUCACCGGGUUCGAGUAUCGGAACAAUGCUUGUGCGGCCGUCUACGACGGGUACGUCGUGUGUGAGGAGUUCCGCGAUGUGGUUCUGGACGAGUGGUACCAGGAGCAGGUUGAGGAGCAGCGGAAGCAGGAGGAAAAGCGCCUCAAACGGAUCUACGGAAACUGGAAGCGGUUGGUGGCGGGACUGUUCAUCCGGAAGAAGCUCAAAGAUCGGUACAACUUUGAUAACAUGUAGCGAAGAAAAAAACACCGUUUUCAUUCAAUCACUCUAGUUUCGCGAGUUACGGACGACGGGUGCGGGAUUACGACGCGGUUCCAAUUUUCGCAGUGACAAGUGUGCGCGCCGCGGACAAGACACGACGACAACGGCGGACCCUUCUCGACGGCGGCGGAGAACAAGGAGAGAGCAGCAGCAGCAAGGCCGUACG